AUGGCUACGGACGGAAUUAAUGGCAUCAAUGGUGUCAAUGGCACGCGGUCGAAACACGACAUAGCUGCUUUGAAAGUCAGUCAGUCGCGGUUGCUGGACGCCAUUCACACGGGUUGCAAAUUCGGCGCCGCGCACAGAUAUGGAGACGAUCCAACCGAGACGGGUAUGGCAAGGUUGAGUCUGAACGACGCCGAUAAACAAGUACGGGACUGGUUCACCAAGACGGCUGAGUCGCUGGGCUGUUCAACAACCGUUGACCAGAUGGGUAACCAGUUCGCUGUCAGACCUGGCAAGAAUGCAACACAGCCGCCAAUCAUGAUCGGCUCACAUCUCGACACUCAGCCAACUGGCGGGAGAUAUGAUGGGAUCUUGGGAGUCAAUGCUGGGCUCGAAGUGCUCAAGGUCUUGCACGAGAACAAUGUUGAGACGGAAGGUAGUAUUGGAGUUGUCAACUGGACAAACGAAGAGGGAGCCCGCUUUCCGAUGAUGGCGGUCUCCUCGGGGGUGUGGGCUGAAGCUGUUCCGUUGGAAACAGCUUGGAAUCUGCCAGAGGUGUCGGCUGGUGAAGACGGCCAACGAAAGACGAUGAAGCAGGAGCUCGAGAGGAUCGGGUACCUCGGUUCGCAACCGGCAUCUUACAAAGCUUUCCCGAUCGCCGCACACUUCGAACUCCAUAUCGAGCAGGGUCCCAUACUCGAGGCCGAGAAAAGAAGGGUCGGAGUUGUGAAAGGUGUGCAAGCUUUUAAAUGGUUUGAGGUCACAGUCAGAGGACGAGACACCCAUGCAGGCACCACACCGUUCUCCGCUCGGAUGGACUCAAUGCUCUGCGCCGCGAAGCUCAUUGUUGAGUCGAAUGCAAUCGCGAAGAAGCUUGGAGGGCUUGCAACAACAGGGAUUCUGAACCAGCAACCUGGAUCUAUCAACACCAUGGCCCAUACCGUCACUUUUACUCUGGAUAUCCGCCACGUGGAAGAUGCAAAGCUCUCUGAGAUUGAGCAAGCAUGUCGCUCAGAGUUUGCCAGGAUUGCAGAGAAAGAGAGCGAGAAGGGUUGUAAAGUGGAAUGGAAGGAAUUGGUCGACAGCCCAGCCGUGAACUUCCACCCGGAUUGUAUUGCUGUCGUCGAGGAAAGUGCGAAGGACGUUUGUGAGGGCUUGCCAAUGACCGCUGAGGAUGGACAGUUGUGGAAACAUAUGAUCAGCGGAGCUGGUCAUGACAGCUGCUAUACCAAUCGUCGUUGUCCGACAAGCAUGAUCUUCUCCGUCACCAAAGACGGCGUGAGCCAUAAUCCGCAGGAGUACUGUAGUCCGGAGGACUGUGCCGUUGGCGUCCAGGUAUUGCUUGGGGCCGUACUCAGAUAUGACCAGCGGCGCGCUGAGAGAGGGGAUUUUGCCUGA